AUGCUUGCGGGAUACCUUUCUCUUAGUCUACUUGCUACAGCUGUGAGCGCUGCAAGUAUAUCUGACCUCGUGGGCACUUGGUCAACAAAGUCCCGCAAGGUUGUUACAGGUCCGGACUUUUAUGAUCCGAUAAAUGAUAAAUUCAUUGAACCGAACCUCACUGGUAUCUCCUACUCUUUCACAGAGGAUGGGCACUAUGAAGAGGCGUACUAUCGCGCCGUUGCCAAUCCUGUGAAUCCUUCGUGCCCUAAAGGCAUUAUGCAAUGGCAACAUGGAAAGUUCGUCUUGAACAGCGACGGAUCCCUCCAGUUGACGCCUAUUGCCUCGGAUGGUCGCCAGCUAGUUUCAGAUCCUUGUUCCUCAAAUCUAGCAACAUACACUAGAUACAAUCAGACAGAGACCUUCAAUAUUUCCAAAGAUCCUUAUCAUGGCAUUCAACGGCUGGACCUCAAGAGUUUUGAUGAUUCACCAAUGCAUCCGAUGUACCUUGUUUAUCAGCCGCCGCAGAUGCUGCCAACAGCGACCUUGAAUCCUAUGUCCGAGACGGGGAAAAGUAAACGUCAUGUCGCCCGCGAUACGGACCGGUCAACUGGAGUGAGAAACCUGAUCACGAAGGAGGAACUUACUAACCCUGACCGGUGGCUGUGGGUUGGGGUGUUCGCGACUGCUCUAGGUGGCAUCACCUUAUUUUACUCUUGA